AUGCAGAAUAGGUCGGACGACGACGAGAAUAGUAGAAAACGGCAUUGGUUAGCCGAGGAGGACGACGAUCCGACGGUGGUUGACGAGGUUUCGCCCAAUAAAAAGCCGAAAAAGAAUAAGGCGACGGGGUUUGGAGAAUUCCUCGCUCGCCCGAUAGCUCAUUUGUACGGAAUGUUCGCCGGAUACGGAAAACAGAAGGAGAAAGUGCAACACGUGUACGAAGUAGCAGAAGACGAGAAUGCGGAUGUAGUGGUGGAGAGUACGGCGCGUGUUACCAAGGAGUUACAGCCCUCCAGUUCGAUAAUCUUCCUAAACGCGGAGAAACCCGAAAGAAUCGAAGCAGGGAGUGAUGAAGUGAAAAUCGAGAAGCACAUUCAACGAGACGUCGAAGUUUCAGACGACAGUGAUCCAGAUGAGAUUCAGGAGAUUCCAACUCCGCCCACAACGACUCCAACGAGACCGAGAACGAGUCUUCAAGGGACGCCGACAAAUCAGAAGUUGGAAAAGUCGUUCGAAAAACAGCAGGAUGAUGAGGAGGGGGAGCCAGACGUCCUUUUUGAGAAGAUUGUGAAGACGCCGAAUAAGCAGUUGGAGAAUGCGAGAGCCAUGCAGAAUGAGAUGAUUUAUCUCAACGAGACGCAGGAUGACUCCGACGGCGCCUCCGUCACCUCAUCGAUCAAUCGGUUCGAUUCUCCCGGACCAGAUGACAGUGUCAGUCGUCCGAUUACUCCAUUAUCGUCUCUCACCGGAUUCCCAUCCUCUUCGAGCAACAGUAUUCGUGACUUCUGGAGACGUUCAUCGGUGAAGAAACCGACGAUUCACAGCAAGAAACCCGGAUUCAGAAUCCCAUCUAGAGUGUUUCAUUCGACGUCUUCUAUUCAGAAGUUCUCAUCGGGAAUUCAGAAGAUCAAGAAGAGUGCUCUAUUCUCACGUGAUCGUCUCCUACAGGGAAUUGUUGCUAGUGGACAGUAUGAUGAAGCGGCGCUCGCUGGAAUUGGGCUUUUCGAUCAGAAGGAACUGCAGAAAAAGAAGGCGUCGGAUGUGAAAAAGAAGACGUUGGAUGUAUUGGCAAGGGCUAACAAUAAAAUAGAAGAACUUCGAGGCGCUUCUCGCUCCACGACACCCUCACUUUCCAGGGAAUCGUCGGUGAUUUAUGAGGGAUCUUCGUUUAGAAGCCACACCAUCUCAACGUCCUCAUCAGUGACAAGUUGCAAAACGAAUCAGCGAAUCCAAGAGGCGAUAGCCCACAUCGACAGUCUCAACAUCCACACACCGAUUCGAGGGCCUCAUCGAUACGAGAAGGCGUACGAGUCGGCGAAACUGAAAGAAGAUGUCCUUCUGGAAGAGGCACGUAUACGACAGGGACAUCGUGUCGAGACCCGUGGAGAUUUGUUGGAUAAGAAGAGACGAGAGUUAGAGUUACGGGGAAUUGUGCAACGACCGAAAGUUGAGAAGAAGAUUAUCAAUGAUUUCGUGGAAUUACCCGAAGAAAGUGACUUCAUUAUUGGGAGUGCAUGGAAUCGAAUGAUGGAUGGGAAGGAGAAGUUCGUGGAGAACUUUGAUAUUCCGAUUUGUCGAGAGGAUCUGGAGACGUUGAGUGGGCUCCAUUGGCUCAAUGAUAACGUCAUCAACUUCUAUCUUCAAAUGAUCGUUGAUCGAUGUCAGAAAGAUCAGAAAUAUCCGAAAAUCUAUGCAUUCAACUCGUUCUUCUACACUAAUAUCACUACCAAAGGAUACGCGAGUGUCAAACGAUGGACACGGAAGAUUGACGUCUUCUCCUAUGAUAUUAUAUUGAUUCCGGUGCAUCUUGGUGUCCAUUGGUGUCUUGCGAUCAUUGAUAUGAAGGAGAAGAAGAUUCAGUUUUAUGACUCACUUUAUGCUGGGAAUACUGUCGUGUUGCCUGCGUUGAAAAACUACGUGGCCAGCGAGUCGAUGGACAAGAAGAAGGUGCCGUUCGACUUUGCUGGAUGGACCAUUGAGCAGAUGGAGGACAUACCCCGCCAGGAGAACGGAAGUGACUGUGGAGUCUUCACGUGUCAAUUCGCCGAGUGGGCAUCGAGACGAACGACGCCUCGCUUCACCCAGAAAAACAUGCCGUACUAUAGGAAACGGAUGGUCUACGAGAUUGUAUCGUCCAAGUUGCUCGCCACCAUUUGA